CCGCUCGGUAAUCUACCACUUUUGUCUUUACUUGAUGUCCCACAUGCGACUGAAAAGCAUGUCGACGUUCUCCACAUCCACAGAAACACUGUUUUCAUAAAAGACUGCAGAUACAAAAUACAUCUAAUCGAUAAACCUCUGGCUUGCCAUGGGUUUAACUAAGCAGUACCUGCGCUAUGUGGCGAGUGCUGUAUUUGGAGUGAUCGGCAAUCAGAAGGCCAACAUCGCAUUUGUGACCCUUAGGGGAGGUGAGAAGGGUCGAUAUGUUGCUGUGGGAGCUUGUGAGCAUGUGUUCAUAUGGGAUGUCCGCAAAGCUGAGAAGGUUCUUAUACUUGAAGGUAAAAAGCAUGAGGUGACAUACCUGUGUCCUUCUCCUGAUGGCGUCCACAUAGCGGUAGGUUAUGAGGAUGGAGGUGUGCGCAUCUUUAGUCUGCUCAAUGGCGAAAGCAACAUCUCCUUCAGUGGACACAAAUCAGCUGUCUCAGUUAUAAGAUAUGAUGCACUGGGUGCUCGUCUCGUCACUGGCUCCAGAGACACAGAUGUUAUUGUGUGGGAUAUCAUCAAUGAGUGUGGUCUGUACAGACUCAAAGGACACAAAGAUGCAAUCACACAAAUUUUGUUUUUGGAGAGCAAAAACCUGCUGAUUACAAGCUCUAAGGACAGUUUUGUAAAGUGGUGGGACUUGGACACACAGCAUUGUUUCAAGACCAUGGUGGGGCAUCGCACUGAGGUAUGGGGAAUGGUCCUGUUGAACCAGGAGAGUAGGUUGAUUACAGGGUCUGCUGACAGUGAGCUCAGAGCCUGGGACAUUCAGUACAUUGAGGAGGGUAAAGAAGUGGGGGAGCCACAGGAAAAGAAAGUCAGAACUCUUCUUGAGAACGAAGAGGAUGAUGAGGAAGGACUUGACGAAGAGCCAGAAGAAAGAAUUCUCAGCUGUAAGAAAGCUGGUUCUGUUCUGAGGGAAGCCAGAGACAGGGUAGUGUCCUUGGUCACAGACGCCAAAGCUAAAGUGCUUGCAUGCCAUCUUGGUCGGUCCACCUUGCAGGUCAUUCGUACCAUGGGAUGUGAAUAUGCUCUCUGCUCGUUAUUUGUUCCUGGAGACAGACAGAUUAUCUUAGGAACAAAGAGUGGGAAGAUUCAGAUUUUCGACCUGGCCUCAGGAAGCCUUCUAGAGACGACUGAUGCCCAUGAUGGAGCUCUUUGGUCCAUGUGUCUCUCUCCAGACCAGAGAGGGAUUGUAACUGGUGGUGCUGACAAGACUGUGAAAUUCUGGGACUUUGAGCUCAUAAAGGAUCAGGACUCUGGGAAGAACAAGAGACUAACGGUGAAGCACACACGCACCCUACAGUUAGAUGAGGACGUGCUGUGUGUGCGCUACAGUCCUGACCAGAGACUGCUGGCUGUCUCUCUUCUCGACUGUACGGUGAAGAUCUUUUACACAGACACGCUAAAGUUCUUCCUGUCGCUAUAUGGACACAAGCUGCCCGUUCUAUGCCUGGACAUUUCACAUGACAGCGCUUUAAUAGCCACAGGCUCAGCAGACAGAAACGUGAAGAUCUGGGGUUUGGACUUCGGAGACUGUCAUCGCUCUAUGUUUGCACAUGACGACAGUAUCAUGUUUCUUCAGUUUGUCCCUAAAACCCAUCUGUUCUUCACUGCGGGAAAGGACAGAAAGAUCAAGCAGUGGGACGCUGAUAAGUUUGAGCACAUCCAGACGUUGGAGGGUCAUCAUCGGGAGGUCUGGUGCCUGGCCAUCAGCCCCAAUGGAGACCACAUCGUCUCCUCGUCUCAUGAUAAGUCCCUGAGGCUGUGGGAGAGAACCAGGGAGCCCAUCAUCCUGGAGGAGGAGAAGGAGAUGGAAAGGGAAGCAGAAUUUGAGGAGUCGUUAGCUAAAGGUGAUGAACCUGUGGUCCCUGGAGAGACUAAAGGAGAGGCAGAGCCUGCUGGGAAGAAGACCAUUGAGACAGUGAAAGCUGCUGAGCAAAUAAUGGAGGCUAUUGAGCUCUAUAGAGAGGAAAGUGAAAAGCUGGAGGAGCACAGAGCCGCUUGCAAGGCAGCGGGGAAGGAGUUACCACCCCCUAAGAUGAACCCCAUCCUUGUCGCUUUUGGAAAUAUCUCUCCCUCUCGAUAUGUUCUGGAAGUUAUUAAGAAGGUGCGGUCCAGUGAGCUGGAAGUGUCUCUGCUGGUGCUGCCGUUUCCUUACGUCCCAGAUCUGCUGAAGCUCUUCAAUGGUUACGUACAGCAGGGCCUGGAGGUGGAGCUAGUGUGCCGCUGUCUCUUCUUCCUGCUCAGAGUCCAUUUUGGUCAGAUCACCAGUAAUCAGAUGCUGCUGUCAGUCAUUGAUGAGUUAAGGACCAACACGAUCUCUAAAGUGCGAGAGAUCAGGGAUGUCCUGGGUUUUAACAGUGCGGGUCUUCAGUUCCUGCAGCGUGAGAUUGAGAGCAAAGAGGACGUAAUGUUCUUUGCUGAUGCCACAGACCGCUUUGAAGAGAAAAAAAGAAAGAGAAGGAAACGUGAAAGAGCCGUCCUUACAGUCACAUGAAACUGAUGUGCUUGUCAACUGAUAUAACAGACUACUGCUUUGUGCUUUUACCAUCCUGAAGAAGCAUCAUGCUGAUGUUUUUAUAAGUUAAUGUAUCAUUUGCACCUGUCUAAAGUCCAUAAAAGUACAUUUCUCCACAAAUCAACUUAGUGAGGCUAUUUUGUUUUUUAUAAUAUUUAAGUGUGUGUGUUUGAAUGGAGAGUCCAGGCCAAAGCUUCAACCAAUUCCAUGGCCAUUAUGAUGAUUUUCAUUUGCAUCUUUCUUAUACUGUAGCUGCAUGCACUGCAAAAAAUCCUGUUCACCAUUAUUUUUGUUAAAUUGGCUAUGAAAAGUUUUCAAGAAGAAACACAUUUCAUGAAAACAACAUGUUAAGAAAAUGUAGACUGUUCUAAGGAUUUUUAGAUAUUUAAAAGCUUUUUUUUUAAUGUAAGGACCAAAGUUAGGCUUCUUACUGGCUGGUUAAUACAAGUGCUGCUACUGAAAAGUGAAGCAGCAGCACCACUAAGGAGAAGCAGUGUUGUUUUAUAAUUAAAUCUUUCAUGUGCAUCAAAUGAUGGAGUGGCACAAAUAAAUCAUGUAAUUUUCUUAUGUAAAA